AUGGCGGAGGUGGCACCCAAGUCAGUGCUGUUCCUGUGUCUAGAUAAUAUUUGUCGGUCAACCAUUGCAGAAGCUGUUUUCAGGAAACUUGUAACUGAUCAGAAUGUUUCAGAGAAUUGGAGGACAGACAGCAUGGCGACAUCAAGGUAUGAGAUAGGAAACCCCCCUGACUACUGGGAGCAGAGCUGCAUGAGGAGGCAUGGCAUUCCCAUGAACCACGUUGUCUGGCAGAUUACCAAAGAAGACUUCGUCACGUUUGAUUAUAUACUGCGUAUGGAUGAAAGCAAUCUGAGAGAUCUGAAUAGAAAAAGUAAUCAAGUUAAAAACUGCAAAGCUAAAAUUCAACUACUCGGGAGCUAUGAUCCACAAAAGCAACUUAUCAUUGAAGAUCCAUCCCUACUAUAUGGGAAUGACUCCAACUUGGAGAGGGUGUACCAGCAAUGUGUCAGGUGCCGCAGGGCAUUCCUGGAGAAGGCCCACUAAGGCUGGGUCUGCAUGGC